AUGAUCAUGUGGCUUCAUGGUGCGGUUCUGGAUGUCACAUGUCCACUGGAUUUUUCAAGGUUCCCAUUCGACACUCAAACGUGCUAUUUGAUAAUCACUCCAUGGCAGAGUUCCAUGAAACAAAUUCAACUGCAACCAAUGCAACAUGGUCCCACGGUGGAUAACAAUUACCUUCCAAAUUCCAAUGUGAGUGAAUGGAAAAUUGAGGAGAUACAAUUUAGUCUGGAAAGCUAUCGAAGUCAAUUUAGUGUUGCUUACCAAUAUAUCAAAGUGUCUAUUCGAAUCAAACGGCAACCCCUUUACUUCGUCAUCAUGGUCCUUGUGCCGUUCUUCAUGCUGUCAUGGUUGGCCUGCUUGAUAUUCACAAUUGGAGAUACAGGAGAUCGCUUGGCUGUAGCCUUGUCUCUAAUUCUCAGUAUGACCAUGUAUGUGGUGAUUGUCUCCUCAAACGCACCUCGAUCGAUGCGAACGGUUCCUCUGCUGGGUGAGUCUUGGUCUAUUCUUUGUCGGUACACCACAUUUUAA